CACACUCCCGGUGACGUCACCAGUCUCUCUGCCGCCGCACGCGCAGCUCCGUUACACAUCAGACCGGAUUUUAGGAGGAAAUCUAACAAAAUGGGAAACUUUCAGCCAACGAUUUUUCCUUACGAGGAGUUCGAUGUUGUGGCUGACAUCAAGGCCAUCCGCAAAGCCUGCAAAGGUUUAGGCACUGAUGAGAAGGCCAUCAUUGAGAUCCUGGCUAAUCGCAGUGCUGCUCAGCGAAUGGAGAUAAAGCAGGCUUACUUUGAGAAAUACGAUGACGAGCUAGUGGACGUCCUGAAGAGCGAGUUGUCUGGGAAUUUUGAGAAGGCCAUCAUUGCCAUGCUGGACCCACCACACGUGUUUGCUGUGAAGGAGCUGCGCAGGGCGAUGAAAGGAGCAGGCACCGAUGAGGACGUCCUGGUGGAGAUCCUCUGCACUGCCACUAACGCUGAUAUUGCCGUUUACAGAGAUACCUAUUUUCAAGUGCAUGAGCGGGAUCUGGAAUCGGAUAUCGCAGGAGACACCAGUGGAGAUGUCCAGAGGCUGCUAACUCUGCUCCUAGAGGGAAAUCGAGAUGAGAGCUAUGAAGUGGACGAGGUUCUGGCUGAACAAGACGCCGUGUCACUGUUUGAGGCUGGAGAGGGUUGCUUCGGCACAGACGAGUCGACGUUCAGCUACAUCCUGGCCGCCAGGAACUACCUGCAGCUUCAGGUCACGUUCAAAGCCUACGAAGCCAUUUCUGGAACGGAGAUUCUGGAUGCCAUCGAGAAAGAAACUUCAGGAACCCUGAGGAAGUGUUACAUCGCACUGGUGAGAUGUGCUAAGAAUCCGCAGCUGUACUUUGCUCGGCGUCUGAACGCAGCCAUGAAGGGAGCAGGCACUGAUGAGGACACCCUCAUUCGCAUCAUCGUCGGCCGCUCCGAGAUCGACCUGGAGACGAUUAAGGACAUGUACCUGGAGAAAUACGACGUGCCUCUGAAGGAAGCCAUCAGCUCCGAGUGCAGUGGAGACUUUAAGCGCCUCCUGGUGGCCAUCUGCCAUUAAUGCAUGGAAAGAAAAGCAGCCUACGCUCACGUUAAUAAGGAAACUAACACAGCUGACCGUGGACUCCUAGUGCACACAACACAACAUGUCCUAGUCCAGUUCAACACUCUCCGUAGUUCUCAUGUGGUAUGUAGUGCAAAUCCGGUGCAAGUCGUUUUCAGCCACUCAGAGAGGCUGUGAACAAACAGGUGUGUGAAGCGUGUACAGCACACACACUCGAUGUUAAAAAUAAAUUAAAAACAGUGCAAGGUCAAAGGUUAUCCAGCACAACCAUGUGGAACGUUAAUUAAAUAUCCAAAUCCAAGGAAUGCUAAAUUAUGGUAUGUUAUGCUAUAAUCUUCGUAUACGAUGCCAGUAUCUCAUUUUUUUUGCCAUUUCAUGAUAAUUGUGAAGAAUGUGAAGCACCGCUAUCUCGCCGCUAAACUAAACGUUAACACUCUUUAUCGAAUGUUAGAAAAAAUCCGCUAUGCAGUUUUAAGUCGCCGAAUGACGAGGAAUCAUAAAGGACAACAGUAAAGUAAAAAUCAGUUUAUUUACAAUCAGACACUUUAUAAGAUCAACAUCAGCUUUGUGAAGUAAGAAAGUCGGGAUGUGACGUAGCUCUAACUUUUCUCAUUCAUCGUGGUCAGUCUUCUUUCUUUCGUUGUAUACUAACACAAAUAUAAUAUAUUUUUAUCCUAUUAAACUUAUGUUAUAUUUUACAUCAUGAAUUAUAUUUAGAAUUUACGUCACAACUAAUAGCUUUAAUGGCAAACACGGUCUUAUCGCCGUUGUCGGAAAGAGUCUUUUAAAAAUCCUGUUACAUUCUUGAUAAAACAAAAUAAAAUUAAAAAGGCAGCUGGUUUUUAACAACUAGAUUUUAAUCAGUUAACUGACUUAAUGUGACAAAGCAUGCUGUCAGAGAGCUAAUGUGUUGUAACUAUUUAACAGAACAGCAUCACUCCGAGGGACCAGACACGAUCUUAUGGAAAGGUUUGAAUAAAAGACCAAAAAUUGCCUGAUAUUAAAAAAAACUAUUGUUUAAAUAUCACAAUAAAAAUAUUAAUAAAAAUAA